AUGGCGACCCUAUCAUUGUUUACGACGGUUGUGCUAUUACUCGUACUCGGAUCAUGGACCCAGGCCACAACGACAGAUAUACACGUAGCAAAACGACAGACCGAGUGGGACUUAUCAGAGUGUGCUGUGAGUCGGCCGGGUCUGAUCUCUGCAACCCGCAUUGACUUUUUCAUCACAGACACGAUGCCUGACAGCGUUGAUACCUUCCUCUGGCUGCGAAGCAACAGGUCUAGAAUGUCUUUGCGCGGCCCAAGACAUCCAGGCCGACGUAACGGACUGCGUUCAGGCGAAUUGCACGGUCAUUGAAGCACUUGAGACGAAGAGGGUACAAGAUACUACUCUAUGCCCUCAACCCAUACGCAAUCAGGCGGGCAUUACACAAGAUAUCAAUGGGGCCCUCUUCGGCAUCGCGGCGGCAGCAGUCGUUGCAAGGCUGCUCUCGCGCCUCCCAUUCGUAGGGGGAAGUGGCUUUGGCUGGGUACGGAUGACCACUUUAGCAUACCAAAAACCCUACUGACAACGUCUUCCAGGACGAUUACACGAUCCUUCUUUCUCUAGCUCUACUAGUCCCCCUCGACGUGCUUCUGCACCUCAUGACCCUGCACGGCCUGGGCCAGGACAUCUGGAUGGUUCCGCCUUCCAACAUCACAACAGUCCUCUAUUACUUCUGGAUCGACGAAUUCCUCUACACCUUCAUCCUCGCCACCACCAAAAUCUCCAUCCUCCUGCUCUACAUCCGAAUGUGGCCCGACACAGACUCCCAAAAGUUCCGGAACGCAUGCCUCACCCUGAUCGUCAUCCUUGCUACAUACAGCAUCACGAUGAACGUCGUCCUAGCCGCCGGCUGCGCACCGAUCAGCUACUCCUGGACCCGCUGGGACGGCCAGCACAAAGGCCACUGCAUUUCCUCCCGAGCCCAGAUCUUCGCCACCGCGAGCCUCAACAUCAUCUUCGGACUUCUGGUCUUCCUCUUCCCUCUACCAAAACUGGUGAAGCUUUCCUUCUCUUCUACCAGGAAGAAAUACACCCUCUGUCUAACCUUCCUCGUCGGCCUCGUCGUCACAAUCUGCAUUGUCGUCCGACUACAAUACCUUACCGUCUGGGGAGACUCUGCCAAUCUCACCAGGUCUUACAAUCCCAUCGCCAUCUGGUCCAAUCUCGAAUGCAAUCUGAGCGUUAUAUGCGCUUGUGUCCCGGCCCUUGCUGGCUUGGCCCAACGAUUGUGGGCUUAUCUUUUCGGCGGCAGCAGGUCCUCCUCCUAUGGCUCAGGAUCGCAUUCUGAUCGAAAGUAUGGACUCCGCGUGAGAUCGCAAUCUUCCUCGUCGUGGGAUCGUCAGCUAGGCGGAGGAGCCCAUACACCUACGGCAAAGAAGGGGUAG